AUGACUGGACAAGAAGAUGGACUCUUUGUGAGUAGAAGCAGGAAAGAAAGUGAUGCAUCUGCAAGUGCUAAUUAUGGAAAAACUACUCAGGAGAUGAUAGAGCAUAGAGCGAAUCAUCCAGGAAUUAUACAUCAAGAUGAUAGAAGACAGAUUCGUGAAAUUGAUUGUUACGACAAGCUUGGUUUUUCAUUUCCUUGGCAUAAGAAGUGGACUAUCCUUGCUGUCACAUUUAUAGUUCAAGUUUCUAUGAACUUUAAUGCUAGUGUUUAUCCUAACGUUAUACCUUUAAUUAGCGAAGCUUUUAAUGUUUCGGAAGUAAAAGCCAAAGUUUCUCAAAUGGUUUUCAUGGUUGCAUACGCAUUCGGAUGUGAGUUGUGGGCUCCCUGGAGUGAGGAAUAUGGUCGUUGGCCAGUCUUGCAAAUAAGUUUAUUCUUUAUGAAUAUCUGGCAAAUCUUAGGUGCACUCGCACCAAAUUUCGGUACUAUUGUUGUUGCUCGUUUCUUAGGUGGUAUUUCUUUAGCAGGUGGUUCCGUCACAUUAGCAAUUGUUGCAGAUAUGUGGGAAGCAAAUGAUCAAGGAUAUGCUGUUGCAUUCAUCGUUUUAUCUUCUGUUGGUGGUUCUGCAGUUGGACCAAUUUUUGGUGGUUUAAUGACAGAACGCCUUUCGUGGCGUUGGAACUUUUGGAUUCAACUAAUAUUCGGGGGAGUCGCCCAAAUCUUACACUUUUUCCUUGUUUCUGAGACUCGUACCGAUUUACUCAUGGAUAAAGAAGCCAAGCUUCGUCGUGAAUCAGGAGAAGACAAUGAUAUUUAUGGUCCAUCUGAAAUUAAUAAACGUAAAAUGACGAUGAAAGAGAUCUUGUCCAUUUGGCGUCGUCCUUUCGAAAUGUUUUUGAGAGAGCCAAUUGUUUUAUGUUUAUCUCUUCUCUCGGGAUUUGCAGAUGCAUUGAUCUUCAUUUUUAUGGAAUGUUUUUCUUUGGUUUAUCAACAAUGGGGAUUUUCUACAACUCAGUGCGGCCUUGCCUUCAUACCUAUUUUGAUUGGUUAUCUUAUUGCAUAUUUAAUUCACCUUCCUGAUAUCGGCCGCCAAAUGUUCUUGAUUAAGAACCAUGGUGAAGAAUCAAGAUUUGCUGAGAGACGUCUACUCUUAUUACUUUAUAUUGCUCCUUUAUUAACGAUAGGUUUGCUAGGGUUUGCCUGGACUUCUAUGGGGCCUGAUUACAAUCCCUGGAUAGCUCCGAUGAUAUUUGGAACUUUAAUUGCUAUAGCUAAUUACAGUAUCUAUAUGUCGACAAUUGAUUAUAUGAUUGCAGCGUAUGGGCCAUAUUCAGCUUCAGCAACUGGUGGUAACGGAUUUGCUCGAGACUUUUUAGCCGGUAUCUCAAUCUUGUACGCAAUUCCAUUGUAUACAAAUAUUGGCGGAAAACGUCAUCUCCAAUGGGGAAGUACUUUAUUAGGUUGUUUGGCCGCACUUGUAACUAUUCCAAUCUUUAUUUUCUACUGGAUGGGUCCAGAAGUUAGAAGGAGAAGUAAGUUUGCACAAACCCUUGCGGCUGAUCAUAAGCUCAGGAAUACGGAUUACGAGAAAGAUGAAGUCGCUAUUGAAUCUAUAUCUACUGAGAAGGCUUAA